AUGGCUGCCAAAGAUCUGCGGACAACAAGUGGCGGCAGUAUAAGAGCCGCAUACUUGACUCUAUACAACGCCAUAUUCGCAGGGCUCUGGGCAUCCAUCUUCCUCACUGUCGCCUUGACUGCCGCAUGCCGGGAUAAACUCACUGUCUACCAAGCCGCCGAACCACGCUCGCGAUGGGUGCAGACGCUCACUCUGAUUGAGGUUGUUCACUCCGCUGUGGGCCUCGUCAAAUCCCCCGUCGGCACAACAGCUCUGCAGGUCGUCGCCCGUACCAUCAUAGUAUGGAUGGUCUGCUACAGCUUCCCCGGGACCACGGCAUCCUCCACCGCCUUUACCACGCUACUACUAUCGUGGGCAACCGCCGAUACCGUCCGUUAUGCCUACCUGGCGCUGAACCUCCACGGGAAGGCAUCUGAUGCCCUCGUCCGGCUGCGAUACACCAUGUUUUACCCGUUAUACCCCAUCGGUAUCGCCUCCGAGUUUUGGCUGUUGUACCUCGCCAUCGAGCCCGCUUCCCGUAUCGGUGCCUUCAUCCCGCCCUUAUUCUACUUCUGCUUACUACUCUAUAUCCCCGGAUCUUACACCAUGUAUACCUACAUGAUCAAGCAGCGCAAGAAGACACUCGCGAAGAUGAUGAAGUCACAGUAA